AUGCGGGAGGCGAGGGUGGAGCCCGAUGCCAUCAACUAUAAUGCUGCACUCAGCGCUUGCGAGACGGGCGAGCAGUGGCGGCGAGCUCUCUCUUUGUUCAGCGAUAUGCGCGAGGCGAAGUUCGAGCUCGACGUCAUCAGCUACAGUGCUGGGAUCAGCGCAUGCGAGAAAAGCGAGCAGUGGCAGCGGGCUCUGUCGCUGCUCAGGGAGAUGCGUGAAGCAUUGGUUGAAGCCGACGUCAUCAGCUACAACGCUGGAAUCAGCGCUUGCGAGAAACGCGGGCAAUGGCAGCGGGCUACGGCGCUGCUAGGCGAGAUGCGCGAGGCCAAGAUGGAGUGCAACAUCAUUAGUUACAACGCUGGGAUCAGCGCGUGCGAGAAGGGCAGGCAGUGGCAGCACGCUCUGUCGCUGCUCGGCGAGGUGCGUGGUGCGAGGUUGGAGCCCAACGUCAUCAGCUGCACCGCGGGGGUCAGCGCGUGCGGGAACAGCGGCCAGUGGCAGCGGGCUCUGUCGCUUCUCGGCGAGGUCGUUACGGCAAGGUUUGAGCUCGACGCCACUUGCUGCAACGCUGGGAUCAGCGCGUGCGAGAAGGGCGAGCAGUGGCAGCAGGCGCUGUCGUUGCUCGGCGAGAUGCGGGAGGUGAAACUUGAGCCCAGCGUCGUCAGUUUUAACGCGGGGAUCAGCGCGUGCGCGAAAUGCAUGGAGUGGCGGCGGGCAUUGGCGCUGCUCAGCGAUAUGCGCGAGGCGAAGUUUGAGCCCGACGUCACCAGCUACAGUGCUAGCAUCAGCGCGUGCGAGAAAGGCGGGCAGUGGCAGCCAGCUCUGUUGCUGCUCAGCCAGAUGCGGGAGACGAAAAUGGAGCCCAACGCCACUUCCUUCACACUGCCCGACACAUUGCGCGCCAGUGCCAGCCGUCUGUGA